AUGUCUAAAACAUGUGCUCUCGUUCUUUUUCUGGUUUUGAGGCUGUCUGAAUCAAUGGUGCUAGAUAGAGUCGGCGCAAGUGUUGUAAAUCGUCUGGGACACGAAAGGAUUUUGAAUAUCCAUUGCAAGCCACGGGAUAAUGAUCUUGGUUUUCGUAAAAUACCCGAUGGCUUUGAAGCUGAUUGGAGUUUCAAUGUUAAUAUUUGGGGGACUACUCUUUUUUACUGUACUGUGAUGUGGAAUGAUUCAAAUUGGCACCACUUUGUUGCAUAUUCAUAUAAACAUGAUGUUGAUAGGUGUGCUACCAAAUGUGUUUGGACUAUUGAAGAGGAUGGCCUUUUAUGUCUCUAUAAUCAAGAGACUGGAGAUUUAGAUUUUGUGCCGACAAUAAUAGGAUUUAGGAAUCCCCCGACCUACCAACCUUCAAUUUCUGUAACAAAAGUCAAUUUUGACUUUCACUCUUAUCCAUCUGCAUCGGUUGACUUGUCUCUCUUGUCUUUGCUUCUUCCAUGA